GCAGGCUGGAGCCCGGGGAAUCGCAUCCCCCAGCGCAGGGGCUUUGCUGGGGAGACCGGAGCCUGCCCCGGACCUUGCCCCUGGGCCUGGCCGGGAAGGCGGGGACCAGCCCAGCAUGGCUCCUGGGGGAUUUCAGCUUUGCCGCAGCUGCAGGGCUGGCCCCGGGCACCGGCUGGUGCGGCUGUGCCUGCUCUGGGGGGCUCUCUGCAGCCCGGGCGGCGCCGGCUUCAACCUGGAUACCAAAUUCCUGGUCCUGAAGCGGGGUGGGACCGAAGGCAGCUUCUUCGGCUACUCGGUGGCGCUGCACCGCCAGACGGACGGGCAGGACCGAUACCUGCUGCUGACCGGAGCGCCCCAGGACUUGGCGGCUGGGACAGAGAAUGCCACGCGGACGGGGGCCGUGUACUCCUGCCCCCUGAGUGUCUCCACAAAUGACUGCGAGCGAGUGGACAUCGAGGAGAAGAGUGAACCACGGAAGAACAUCAUUGAGGACAUGUGGCUGGGGGUGACCAUCGCUAGCCAGAGACAGCCCUCGGGGAGAGUGCUGGCCUGUGCUCACCGAUACACCAGGGUCCUAAUGUCUGGCAACGAAGAGCAGCAUCGCAUGGUGGGGAAAUGCUACGUCCGCGGCAAUGACCUGCAGCUGGAGCUGGCUGACGACUGGCAGACCUACCACAACGAGAUGUGUAACUCCAACACCGAGGAGACUGGCAUGUGCCAGAUGGGCACCAGCGGCGGCUUCACCGCCAACACCGUCUACUUUGGGGCACCUGGCGCCUACAACUGGCAAGGGACAAACUACGUGCUACAGCGAGAAAGCUGGGACCUGGUCGACUUCUCUUACCCCAACCAUAAGAACGGCAACAUCUACAUAGGCUACACGGUCCAAGCCACUAGCGCCGUCCUGCACUGGAACCAGGUGACUCUUGUCACUGGAGCUCCCCGCCACCAGCACGCGGGCGCCGUGUACCUGCUGACGAACGUCUCCCGCAACACCCUGGAGAGGAGCGUGGUGCUGCCUGGGGAGCAGGUGGGCUCCUACUUUGGGAGUGCCAUCGCCCUGGCGGACCUCGAUAACGAUGGGUGGCAGGACCUGGUGAUUGGGGCCCCGUACUACUUCGAGCGGAAACAAGAGGUGGGCGGCGCUGUCUACGUGUACAUGAAUGAGGCCGGCAGCUUCCAGAACCGGCCCAGCCUGGUUCUGAAGGGACCCAGCAACUCGGCCUUCGGCUUCGCCGUGGCCAGCAUCGGGGACGUCAACCAGGACGGCUUCCAGGAUAUCGCCAUUGGGGCUCCCUUCGAGGGCUCUGGCAAGGUCUACAUCUACCACAGCAGCUCAGGGGGGCUGGUGGCCAAGCCCCGGCAGGUGAUCAGCGGGGCAGAGCUGGGCCCAUCUGGCAUCCAGACCUUCGGGUACUCACUGAGUGGGGGGCUGGACGUAGAUGGAAAUUCCUACCCCGAUCUGCUGGUGGGGAGCUUGUCCGAGCAGAUAGCUCUGCUCAGAGCUCGACCUGUGAUCAACAUCUUGAACAAAACCUUCACUGUGAGCCCCAGCGUGGUGGAUCCGGCCAAGUGCACCCCAAACUCCUGCAUCCAGGUGCAGAUCUGCUUCUCCUACAACCAGAGUGCUGGAGACCCCAAGUACAAGGAGCAAAUCAACCUGCUAUACACCCUGGAGGCUGACAAAGACCGGCGCCCAGCCCGGGUGAGGUUUGCUGGGACGCACUCCGCUGUUUACAAGGGCGUCUUCACCAUGCCAGCCACCAAGUGCCAUGACCUGCAGCUCCUCCUGCUGGAGAACAUCCGGGACAAGCUGCAUCCCAUAGCGCUGCACAUGAGCUACGCCCUGGAGGAGAAGGCCAGGCGCUUCCAGCUGGGGCCCCGCUCCCUCAACGCCUUCCCUGUCCUGAAUGAGGAUCAGCCCCGGGAGAACCACACCGAGAUUAACUUCCAGAAAGAAUGCGGCCUGGACAACAAGUGUAACAGCAACCUGCAGCUGCAGUGCGCCUUCGUCAACGAGCAGAACCAGCCGCUGCCCCGGCUGAACGGGACCCAGGUGCUGCAGUACAGCCGGGACGUCAGGAAGCUGCACCUGAGCAUCAAUGUCACCAACGCCCCCUCGACAGGCAGCAACGGCGAGGAUGCCCACGAGGCCCUGCUCAACAUCACCGUGCCCCCCGCCCUGCUGCCCUCCUCCGUCCGGCCCAGUGGUGCCUGCACCUUUGAGGAGACGGUGCUGUGUGACCUGGGAAACCCCUUCAAGAAGAACCAGAGGGCAGAGCUGAUCAUCACCUUCGAAGCCAUUAACAUCACCCUGGAGACCCGCGAAGUCAUGGCCCAGCUCCAGCUCUCCACGCUGAGUUACCAGGAGGACCUGCAGCCAGUGUGGGCCGAGCUGCUCGUGGACUACACUGUCCAGGCGUCUCUCACCAUGACGUCCCGGCCCCUCCAGACGUCCUUCAGCGGGAAGGUGAUGGGGGAGUCAGCCAUGAAGAGCGAGCUGGAUGUGGGGAGCCCAGUCAGGUUCGAUUUCCAGGUGAGCACCAAGGGGGAGUCUCUGGGCUCGCUGGGCACCAUCGUCCUGGGCUUCGAGUGGCCCUACGAAAUCCACAACGGCAAAUGGCUGCUGUACCCCACGGAGAUCCUCGUGAGCGACAAGGGGAGCUGGCACUGCCGGCCACCGGGGGGCGUCAUCAACCCCCUCAACCUCACCCUCCUGGACGGUGGCGCCUCCACCAGGCAGAAGCGCGAUCUGGAGGCGGCGCUGCAGGCCGACCCCCCCGUCACCCUCGCCGCCUCCAAGAAAGCCAAGUCAGAAACGCUGCUGAGCUGCUCCAAGGGGACGUCCCGCUGCAUCUGGUUCCAGUGCCCCAUCCGGGACGCCAGGCACACAACGAACGUCAGCGUCCGAGCACGGGUGUGGAACAGCACCUUCAUCGAGGAGUUCAGUGACUUCGACCGUGUCAAGGUGACGGGACUGGCGACACUGUUCCUCAAGACAAAUGUUCCCACCGUCAACAUGAAGAACCACACGGUGCAGUUCUUUGUGGACAUCGACUCGGAGCUUGUCGAGGAGCAGCCAGCGGAGAUCGAGCUGUGGCUGGUGCUUGUGGCGGUAGGGGCAGGGCUGCUGCUGCUGGGGCUGAUCAUCCUGCUGCUGUGGAAGUGCGGCUUCUUCCGGAGGGCGAGCACCCGUGCCAUGUACGAGGCCAAGGGCCAGAAAGCGGAGAUGAAGAUCCAGCCGUCUGAAACGGAGCGGCUGACUGAUGACUACUAGCUCAGGGCUGCCCCUUUGCCCUGAGAGCCCACUCCAUCCUCUUGUGCGACUUCUUCAAGCGGACCCGCUAUUACCGGAUCAUGCCCAAGUACCACGCGGUGCGGAUCCGCCAGGAGGAGCGCUACCGGCCUGCUGACGG